UCCAUCUCCAAAACUUGGGGAAAACCGCAGAGCUGAGUCGAUAGUUUUACUUCAACUCGGGUCUCUCCCUCUCUCUCCUCCAACUCAGUGACCCGCCACCAUCCAUGGCUUCCAUUUCCCCGCGAAGCCUCCUCCCUCUCCCGAAAAUAGGCCCAAAGGCACUUCACCCUCCGUCUCUCUCCCCUGCCAAGCUCGCAAAGUUCCCGCCUUUCUCGCGAAGCAGGCCGAGGCUCGGCAACUCGAGAUUCGUCGCCAACUCAGUCAUCGAGGAGCUCGACGUCAUCCCGGUGCAGAGCGGGGACAGCACGGACCAGCAGGAGGGCUUGGCGGUGAGCCUGGAGAGGGAAGUGGAGGUGGCCGAGUUGGUGAGUCAAGUGGGUGGGUUCGCGACGAGUGAAGGGCAGUUUUCGUUCGAUGGGUUCUCUUCGUCGUCUUCGGGCGCUUCGCCGUCUUCGAGCGGGGUUGAGAAGGACGGAAGCGAAGAGAUGGAGAGGUUGAUAGAUCGGAUUAUAAAUGCGAUGAUCGUGUUGGCCGCCGGUACCUAUGCCAUCUCUAAGCUGCUCACGAUUGACAGAGAUUAUUGGCAUGGAUGGACUGUUUUUGAGAUACUGCGGUAUGCACCUCUACACAACUGGAGUGCUUAUGAGGAAGCUCUUAAGACAAACCCUGUUUUAGCCAAGAUGGUCAUUAGUGGAGUGGUAUACUCCCUCGGGGACUGGAUCGCGCAGUGCUUUGAAGGAAAACCACUCUUUGAGUUCGAUAGAUCACGGAUGUUUAGAUCGGGCCUCGUUGGAUUCACUCUUCAUGGGUCUCUUUCUCACUAUUACUAUGAAUUCUGCGAGGACCUUUUUCCUUUUCAAGACUGGUGGGUGGUACCUGCCAAAGUAGCGUUUGAUCAAACAGUGUGGGCAGCUAUUUGGAACAGCAUAUAUUACAUCGUUUUGGGUUUCUUACGUCUAGAGUCCCCAAUCAGCAUCUUUACCGAGCUGAAAGCGACUUUCUGGCCAAUGUUAACAGCUGGAUGGAAGCUUUGGCCAUUUGCUCAUCUGAUUACCUAUGGUGUGGUCCCAGUGGAACAAAGGCUUCUUUGGGUGGACUGUGUUGAGCUCAUAUGGGUGACAAUCCUCUCAACCUAUUCAAAUGAAAAGUCAGAAGCAAGAAUCGCCGAGGCUCCAGCCGAAGCCAAUCCUGGCGUACAGUUGCUAAAUCCUCCCUGAGGAGCACUAGGCAUCGGAACAAGCAGAAACAGUAGAGUCUUGACUAUGCAUCGAUGUUUCAAACUUGGCCACAGUGGGAGAGAGAGGAACCGUGCUCAUCGAUGUAGCAAUGGAAAAUGCGGGUCUAGAGGUGUUGGGAUUAUCAAUGGUGUACAUGGGCCGCGGAUAUCUUUAGUGUAUAAUUCCUAUACCCACCAAUCCUCCUCUCUUAUUGCGUGUGUACAAAAUUUAUCAUCAGGCAAUCAUCUCUUUUUGCAUUGUGUAAUUCUUAAAGAGGGGGGGUAUAGAAAAUAAACAGAAAAACCAUCCCGAUGAGUGUCUUGUAGGAAUUUCUGCUUGCAGAGCCACGUUUUCUCUCCGUGUCUCUGGUUUUUCUUGACCCAACUGCUUGUCCUACCGCGUAACUGCAAGAAUAUGCAGAUGAUCAGUAAAUAUUACAUUGAGCACAUUCAACACAAUGAUCUUGUAUAUGGAUUGAGUAGUCAGAUUUUCUGAGUGAUGAGAUCGGUGGAGGUAA